AUGGGUGAGCUCGAGCCCUGGGUCGACGAAAACUUUGUGCGCCAGAUCUGGGCCAAUAUGGGCGAACAUGUUGAGAUCAAGAUGAUCAAGGACAAGUUCUCUGGCAACAAUGCCGGCUACUGCUUCAUCGAUUUCGCCACCCCUGCCGCCGCUCAGAAGGCACUUACUCUCAACGGAUCCAACAUUCCCGGCACGAACCGUCCCUUCAAGCUCAACUGGGCUACUGGCGGUGGCCUCGCCGAUCGCAGCCGUGAGGACCGCUCCCCCGAGUACAGCGUCUUCGUUGGCGAUCUGGGACCCGAGAUCACAGAGGACACGCUCACCCAGGUCUUUGCGCAGCGCUUCCAAUCGAUCAAGGCCACCAAGAUCAUGACGGACCCCAACACGGGCCUCUCGCGCGGCUACGGCUUUGUUCGUUUCAGCGACGAGGCCGAGCAGAAGCGAGCUCUGAGCGAGAUGCAGGGUGUCUAUUGCGGCAACCGUCCCAUGCGCAUCUCCCCGGCCACGCCUAAGAACAAGUCCGCCAGUGCUGGUGGUCCCGCUGGCCUGGCCAUGUCCCCCGGCCCUAUGGGCAUGUAUCCGAUGGGUGUUCCCCCGAUGACUCCUUACGGUGGUUUCGGCGCCCCCCAGCCCAUGAACCAGUUCACUGACCCCAACAACACCACCGUCUUCGUCGGAGGCCUCUCUGGCUACGUCACCGAGGAUGAGCUGCGUUCCUUCUUCCAGGGCUUUGGCGAGAUCACCUAUGUCAAGAUCCCCCCGGGCAAGGGAUGCGGCUUCGUCCAGUUCGUCCAGCGUCAUGCCGCCGAGAUGGCCAUCAACCAGAUGCAGGGAUAUCCUAUUGGGAACUCCCGCGUCCGCCUGUCGUGGGGACGCUCUCAGAACAAUUCCGGUCCCGCUGGCACCCCUUACAGACCGGCACCGCCGCCUCCGGGUCCCUAUGGGAUGGGCAUGGGAAUGCCUCCCAUGGGUGGACAUCCCUAUGGCGCCUAUCCCCCCAUGAAGGUAAGAGAAUCUGCCUCGUAG